GCUUUCACGCAUGCUUGGGCAUGAAUUCAGGUUGAACAAAAUUUCAUCACACACACAAUACGGCAAGUCCGUGUUGUAUAUAAGGACAGGUAAUUGGUAAAAUGGCAGAGUUUGACAAGAGUGGACCCCAUAUGAACGGGCACUUAAACGGGAACAUGACCAACGGACACUCGGACACAGAGACGGACAAACAGAGCGAGAGCUCCACCACAUCGUCCACCCAAAACCUCACCAGUCGAGGUUUACCUCCAGUUCCAAAAAUAGAACACCCACCCCCGCUCCCCAAAGAUCCGCCACGAACGGACAAGAUUCCUCCCCGAAUUCGAACAAGCAGACCACCAAGCAAUACUGUCUCGAGGUUUAUUCCUGAAAAUGAAAUAACGAUCCCAAAGGAUGGAAACUUAUCGUCUUUCAACACAGAGGAAAUUAUUACUUUCUUCCGUCAUAUGGGGGUGGAGGACAAAAUAGUGAACCACUUACAGAGAAAAGGACUAACAGGCAAAAAAUUCUCCUCCCUCAAAGACGCCGAUCUAGAGACAAUUGGAAUCAAGAACCCGAUCAUUUCGUAUUUCAGGGACAAAAGCAAAUCCUCCAAAAAGAAUGUUCCCUUCAUGUUAUAAAUAUAACGGUUGCGUUUAUUAUCAGGGACUGUAACCAAAGCUUUACAAAGAAGUGCGAAGCACUUGAUUAUCAAAGAUAAACAGGAAAGAAAUGAUCUCUAAUCAUUGUUAAAUAUGGGUAAAGGAUAAAAUAUAUUGUCCUUCUGUCUGUUUAAAAACAGGUGGACGAUGCUUCGUUUGUAGAAAUAUAUUUAUAUUUUCUAAGUUUAUGUGGCAUUAUCGAUUUAUAAAUAACUCAAAUGACAUAUAUUUAUCAGCCUCAUUAACAUUUUCUUGGAUAUGUAUGAAUUCUGUUAACUUCGUGUGCCAAAAUUGAUUGAUUUUUACAAUGAAGCUCGUAUUUCGACAAAUGAAACACGUACAUAUAUUAUUUUUGUUCUUUUUUUCCCCAAAUUGUAAAUCUAAAUCCAUUUUCAUUGAUAUAAUGAUUUCAAAUAUAGAGGUAACAUGUUACGUAAACACCCAGUGUAGAGUUCUCAUACGUAAGAAUUAGUUCCAAAUGACACUCGGCCCUUCCUCUACCGUUCGAUGUGGUUAGACCCACUUCCGGUCAUUGUAUCCUCUGUAUUGUUGUUAUGUGUCAUAUUCACUUUGUAAUUUUUCUGAAUUGUUAAUACCUUUUUUCAUAUGAAAACAUAUAUAAAUGUUUGUUAUUUGCAAUACUAUAUAGUCAAAACAAAAUAAUAGCAACCGAAAUCCACGGUGCUUCACGUGUGUUCUAUGUGACACGUGCGUUCUGUUCUUUGUAACACAGAUUCCGUUCCGUAUGAUGCGUGUUUUUGUAUGACAUGUUCUGUUCUGUACGACACGUGCGUUCUGUUUUGUGUAGCACGUGUUCUGUAAGAAAUCCAUCUGUGAUACCUCGUCAAGGAACAACUGGUGAUAAAAGAGAGUGUUUGUGUCUUACUUGGGAAUGGAUGGUCACACUGUUAAAAAUGUGUUAUUUUGAUGCAAAUUCAUAUAUAUUUUUUCUAUGUAUUAAUCAUAUAUAUAUUAUUAUACCGGUAUUAUUCUUAUAUGAAAUAAAUCUAAAAAUCCA